UGAGCUUAGUUCCUCUCGGCCUCUUCCAAAAUUAACAUCGGCUUUAACGAGCUGAUUGUGAUUUCCGUUCAAAAUUUGAAGAUCGGUAGUUUUCCGGGGUCGAAGGGAUAAUUUUUUUGGUUUCGGAGUUGCUGGCUUUGAAACGCGCUGUUAUUGUUGUCUCGCACCACUUUUUCGUUUGAUUCGUUCGCUUUUUGAGUCUAUUUCGAUCAUGACUUUGUGGCGCAGUGUAGCGACGAGGACACGGAGCCAUCUGGUGCCCCGUUUUGUAGGCGUCGUCAGCCAGCGGUUCUACGCCGAGGACCACAAUCCGUCGCCCAAGUGCAGUGCAGCCGCGGAUUCGGGGAAGGGCUGCGGAAAGUUCCACGGAUGCGGCGAUCCGCGGUACGAGAAGAAAGAGCCUCCGCCGCAGGAGGACACCUUCCAGUUCCACCACCUGGUCAAGAUGCCGGCCGACUGCUGUGACGAUCCCUGCCGGGAGCGCUACCCCCCCUAUGACCAAUGCUACUACGAGAUCUCCGACAAGGCCAAGAGGAAGUACCAGGUCACCUGGGUGGAGUGCCCGCCCAUCCAGAUAAAGCCCAAGAAGAUCUGCUGCUUCGAGGCGGCCAAGCAUCCCCCAAUAACGAGGAGGAAGCGCAAGGAGUUCGUGGCCGACGCCAAGUGCCCCCAGGAGGAGACGUGCCCCGUAGCCUCGGGACCCUGCCCCAAGAUCACAUUGCCCGGCUGCAAGGCCGUAAAAGACACCUCCUGCUACAUCGUCCGAAGGAAGACGGACUGCACCAAGGUCAAGGCGCCGUACCCCUCCUUCUCGGAGUGCUCCCACGCCGCCAUCCGGAAGCCCCGGGGCAUCGAGUGCAACUGCCUGGCGGUUCCCAGUGCCUGCGACCUGCUCCGCGAGACCAUGAAGAACGAAGGCAACCCUCGCAAGGGGAACUGCGGCGGCAGCAGAGGUUAAUCGCACAGUGAUUCGACUAAAACGAUCUUUCGACACCGAGCCCCAGCACUCAGUACUCUGUUCUGUCAUUUUCCGAAACCAAUCCAAUUUAAUUUUCUCUCCUCAUGUGUGAAAUCCCGACUAUAAACAUACCGAAGACCAGUUGUAGUCUGUUUUCUUUUAUUUCAGUAAAAAUAAAAUCAAUACAUAUUUCAUACAAACAA